CCUGCAGUUGUACUGCUGCAAAUGCCAUUUAUAAAGACUAUCGAUCUUCAUGCUUCAGAACAUAAUUUGAUCUCAACAAACAUCUGCCCCGUCUAUAGAAAAAGAGGAAUUGAUCCAGAAUUUGCUGGCACAAGUGGCUGAACAAUUCUCAAGGGUAUUUAAAAUCAAUGAACUGAAAACAGAAGUAGCUAAUCACUUGGCAAUGUUGGAGAAAAGAGUUGAAUUGGAAGGACUGAAAGUAGUGGAGAUUGAAAAGUGCAAGAGUGAUAUUAAAAAGAUGAGGGAUGAAAUGGCAGCAAGGAACACCAGGACCAACUGUCCCUGUAAAUAUAGCUUUCUGGAUGAAAACAAGAAGCUGAUACCCCAAAGGGAUGUACCAUCCUAUCCCAAGUACAUGCUUUCUCAGGAGACAAUUGAAGCUCUUAGAAAACCAAGUUUUGAUGUCUGGCUAUGGGAACCCAAUGAGAUGCUGAGCUGUUUAGAACAUAUGUAUCAUGAUUUAGGAUUAGUGAAAGACUUUAACAUCAACCCUAUCACACUGAAACGAUGGCUGCUGUGCAUUCAUGACAAUUACAGAAACAAUCCAUUCCAUAAUUUUCGACAUUGCUUCUGUGUCACCCAGAUGAUGUACAGCAUGAUCUCACUCUGCAGUCUCCAGGUAAAACUUUCCCAGAUUGAUAUCUUGAUGCUAAUGACUGCAUCUGUGUGUCAUGAUCUGGAUCACCCAGGAUAUAACAACACGUACCAGAUUAAUGCCCGGACAGAGCUUGCUGUGCGCUACAAUGAUAUUUCUCCACUCGAGAAUCAUCACUGUGCUGUGGCUUUCCAGAUUCUUGCACAGCCAGAAUGCAACAUUUUUUCCAAUAUUGAUCAGGAACCGUUUAAAAAGAUAAGGCAGGGAAUAAUUACUUUAAUCCUAGCAACAGACAUGGCAAGACAUGCUGAAAUACUAGAAUCCUUUAAGGAAAUACUGGACAAUUUUGAUUAUUCAAAUGAAGGGCAUGUGACCCAGUUGAAAAUGGUACUGAUCAAAUGCUGCGAUAUCUCCAAUGAAGUACGCCCAAUAGAAGUGGCUGAACCAUGGGUAGACUGCUUGUUAGAGGAGUAUUUUAUGCAGAGUGACCGGGAAAAGUCUGAAGGCCUUCCAGUGGCCCCUUUCAUGGACCGAGACAAAGUGACCAAACCUACAGCACAGAUUGGUUUCCUGAAGUUUGUCCUUAUUCCAAUGUUUGAAACCAUAGCAAAGCUUUUUCCAGAGGUUGAAGAAGUAUUGCUCCAACCCCUGUGGGAAUCCAGGGACCGCUAUGAGGAGCUGAAGCAAAUAGAGGAUGCUAUGAAAGAGUUACAGAAGAAGAAGAAUGAAAGUUUGGCCACAGAAGGCAGGUAAAAGUAAGAAGCAAAGCAAAUGACAGGGCAUAUCAAGCACUAUAAUGGACACAAAGAUCCUUUUGAGGUUUGCCAGGUCCAUGCUGUGAGGCAGUGCAGCUGAGCAUUAUGGGACAGCAUGGCAUUGAAAAAGAAUGCAGUUGGAGAGCUGAUAUCACCAUAAGCACUUUUCAAGUUCCUUAUCUAAAGACUAGCUUGUAUCCUUAUGGAUGCGAAUUAUAAGGAACCUCUGCUGUUGUACAAGUUUUUUUUUUAAUUUUUAGAGUUGUCUUCUAAAUAAUAUAUUCUUAUACAAAAAAAGUUGCUGUAAUUAUUCUCUUUUGUAGGUUUUAUAUGUUUUGAAAAACUUCUGCUUGUUCCAUGCAGACAUAUUGGGGGAAUUUGUACUUCUUAAGACAGUUGUUUUAGAAAGAUUUAUGUUGUGUUGUAGACCAUUAAAAUAACAACCAUUACUCUCAUUGUGCCUAUCUAAAUAUUAAGAGCCAGACUCUACCCUAGUUGAUGUUUCCUGUCACUUUGCUGAAGCCUCAGACAAAAUCUGAUAGCAGGCCAUGCAGAAGAACCAUAAUGGUAUCUUCCCUGGUCAGCAAAUAGUACCUGAAAGAGCCUUUGGGGAAAGAAUGAAAAAUGGAGGACAAAGUUUUUAAGCUACUGCUCGUGGUCUUCUGCCUAUUCUCAUUGCCACAAAUGGCACUUUUGCACACCUCUCUGAGGGUGACUGAGGGGACAGAUGGCAGUUUAGAAGGAUGUACAUGGCUUAGGGCUUUCUUGUUGCCUUACCUCUCAGCGCUGGGAGACUGUCAGCUGACCUGGGAAACGUCUGAAGCCACAUGAAGCAGACCCAAUCUGAGGCUUAGCAAGUUUGGAUCUAUAAGCUAUAUGAAUGGGAGACCACCUGGGAGCUGGAGGCGAGCCAAUCUUUUGAGGAAAAACAGGGUAUAAGUGCAAUAAAUAACUAAAAUUCCAACAAAGCUCUUUUGUUGUUGUUUUUUGGCAUUUCCAGCAUCACUGCUAAUUUAUUUAGAAUAUAUAUAAUGGUGUGUAGUGUGUGUGUGUCUAAAAUACAAAGAUCCCAAAUGGUAGCCAUAUUAGUCUUCAGCAGCCAAACACCAGAGUGCUUUGCAUGGUAAUGUAACAUACUUUUCUGUUUAAGGGUCCCUGGCUCUUGACAGUUUAUGCCUCAGGAAGUGUGUAAGUCUUUAAAGUGCUAUCAAACUCUUUGUUGAUGUGGCUAGACUAUUCUGCUAGCCAAAAUACUCUCAGAAAUUGUGCUAAGUGUGCAUAGAGAUGAGUAUUUGAGAAUUUGGUUAAAUUUGUAUAACUGAGGUUCCUAUAAUGAACAGUAUGCAUGAUAUGCCUGAGUGGUUCUGGAUGGAGCAGUACAUUGCUCAGAGGCAGAGCACAUGUUUUAUCUGCAAAAUAUAAAAAAAGUUUAAUCCCUGAAAUUAACAGUUAGAAGAAUCACAGACUGUGUGACAAAAGAUGUUCUUUGAAAGUGGAUCUCUUUGCUGUCUCUGUAUAAGGCGUCACCAUAUGUUCUUAGGGCAUCCUAUAUUGGAGAAAAGCUGGCAACUGUUUGAGGCACUUGGUAAAGGUAUGUUUAUGGUAUUCAUUUCAGCAUUAGACAAUGAGAGUCUGGACCAAUGUAAGCAACUGAAAACUGGCAUCAUUGUUCCCUGGUUACAGAAGAGUAAUUGAUGCAUGAAAAUACUAAAUUGUUGUUUCACACAGAAACCUUCAAAUAUAGACAGGGCUUCAGUGCCACUGCCAACCAUCAGUUGUCUCUACAUGUGGCAUCUAGGAUACAGAUAGUUUCUGCAUCUUAAAGUUUUGCAUUAAUGAGAGGAUGGGGAAUCUUAAAGCAGGUGCAAUUUUCCCUUCUACCUACUUCUUAAUAGUACAGAAUUCUCAAAGGCUAGGCUUGACAGUAUUUGAGUACAUGUAAAAGACUAUAUGCAUUAGUCCGCUUUCUGGCCACAUGUACUGUCCACUGUCCACUGUGUCCCAUUGCAGAUUUGUACAUGAAACCACAAGAUGUGUGGAGCUAUAGAAAGGCAGGAGUGGAAUAUGAUGGGAGUCAGAACCUCUACAGGGAAUCAGGUUCCACAAGGCCUGGAUGCACUGGUCUCUGGUGUACACAUGGUUUUAAUGUGAUAUUUCUUAGGAUGUGGUAUUGAUCAAUGUCAGUUUUCUGGGCUUUACAUUGUUUUAGGCUUGUGCUGGAAACUGCUUUGAUCAUUCUGAAAAAGCAGUGUACUACUAUAUUAAAUACACAGCAGAAGUUGCAUUAGCCUGCUGUAGCGCACUUGGGGAAGAGAUAUGUGAAAAAGCUGAAGAAGCCUAUCUACGCAGGUAGGACUGAGAAAGAGGCUGUGUCUCUGCUCCCACAUCUGGAAGAUGAGGUGGUUGUAAAGAUACAAUUAAGGGUUCUGGAAAACUGACUUUUCUAUUGAAACUCUGGUUUGUCAGGCUGCGAGUGUGAGCAAUUGACACAACCAGCAUUCCUAAUGGAGUUCUACUGUAACCAAAGACAGAAUAAGGCCAUAGGUUUUUGUCCAGAGUGUGACAGUUGUACCACCAGAGAGGCACAUUAACUAGAAAGAACAAGGAACCUCUUGUAUAUAUUCUCUACAGUUCUGAACCAAAGGUGCAUGAUGUAUAAGUCACCUGGGAUCUGAUGGUGAGACACUAGUAUAAGAAACACACCACUCUGAGUACCAAUCUUAGAUGUAAAUUUUAACUUGAAAAUGUAUGGUAAUUUCUGCAUGGGGUUGUUUUACGCUGUUCAUUAGGGUGGACUAUAAAUACAAAAUAGCACACAAGGAAGGCGCUGUGCUCAAGAGAAGGGCACGUGUACCCAAGCCAUAUGCUGCCAAGCAGUAGAGUUCUGUUUUAAAAAGAAACAUGUAGGUGGGCACCCAGACUUUCUUCCAACCAAAACAGGAACUAUCUUGCUCAGCUCUGGCUUUCCUUUCCAACGGACCUCAGUGACUAAUGCUGGGUGCUCUAGCACUGACUAAUAGUCUUAUCACUUUAACUGUGACAAGAUGUUUUGGAAUGGCAAACUUUUAAUCACUCCUGAAUUUAUCUAUGUAUGUUAUUGGUUUUAAUUAGAGAUAGCUAACAUAUUUGGGGGGCUCACUAUAUCCCAUUUUUAUCCAUUUCUAUUCAUUGCAACUAUUGUUCCAGCUGUUCUGAAAUUCACACAUGAUGUGAACUCAUCCUCGGAAGCAUCUCCUCCUUCACACUCUCUCUCUGUCACUGCCUGGCCGUUUUCUCAGCAUUGUUCCAGGAGGAAGGGGCUGCCAACAAAUAUCUGUAGUUCUACCAUUUUGCUUUUGUGUUCCAAAUAAUUGUAAUUUAUUUUUAACAUGGAACUAGAACAAACUUAAUAGUAGAAUAAAAGAUACCAUUUUCAAUGUUA